AGAAUCGUCAGGUGGGUAAAGUAAUUAAGGUAAAAUAGUCCAUUAAAUUGUGUAAAUUGCAGACGCACUUACUUAACAUUUAAUUAAUAAAAUGCCAUAAUAAUAUAAUAUUUUCAACGUUUACUCUCGUAUAUAUCAAUUUGGCGCACUCUAUUGUUGUCUAAAUAACAAACGACAAGUAUUGUUGUAUAUGGGUACUAGUAAUUCCAUCAAUUUGAAGAACUUUCGGUCACUUGGGAAAUUAGACUAAAGCACACGAUAACUUUUCCAACUUAGUUUGAAAAUUGGCAUUGCCAUGCGCGUUUCUUUGGCUCUUUGGGGCUCCGGGCUGAUGUUGGUGAUGAUGCUCUUCCAAAAUGGCUGGAUGCCUGUGGCUUCUAUCAAUUGCCAGCCUUGUAAAUUGAUGGAGGCGCGCAAAGCACAUGCAAAUGAAAUGCUAAACAAUUUCAAUGAGACGACUAAAGCAAAACAUUGAAUGAGCAGUUGUUUUUGUUUUCAAGUGGAAAGACACUCAAACAGACAAAUAAUCAUCCACUUGCUGACUAAUUAGUAAAACUGACGCAUACUCAGAUAGCACUCAGAGCUACUCAACUUCUCAAUCUGCCCGCCACCGUCAUACAAUACAUUUUCUUUGCUUUGCAUUGCUUUUGAAGCUCAGU